GCACAAAACAAACUGCACCAGACAGGUGGGGUCCACACUGCCCUUUCCUUUCAUUUCAUUUCUCUCUUCUCCUCCUCCUUCAUCUUCACUAUUCUCACCUAACAACCAUUUAUUACUCUCUUCAAAUUCAGACACCCUUUGUCAUUUCUUGUUUAAAUUCUUCCAAAAAUCUGAUUUUUUUGUAGCCCAGUUGGUUUGAUUUUGGUGGGUCGAUCGAUGUCUACGGUUUCUAAAGAUGAUAACUUGGCUCUUUCUUCUGAGGAUUCUUCUAGUCCGGAUGAGUCUGAGCUUGAAUUGGGUCUUGGCUUGAGUCUUUCUCAUCCUGGUGCAAAGUCACACCAGUAUCAUCAGCAGCAGAAUGGUAACUAUGCUAGGAUUUUUACUGCUAAGGAUUUUUCUUCUUCUUCACCUUCCUCUGCUGGAACUAAGAGACCUGCUGAUUCUCUUGAUGCUACCAACCGUCCCAGCAGUCAAGUAGUUGGAUGGCCUCCCCUUCGAACAUACCGAGUGAAUAGCUUUAACGCCAACGUGAAAUCAACUGAAGCAUUCAACUCUGUGGCUGAGAAGAGCAAAAACAACAAUACUGUGGCAAGGAAGAGUACUGACAACGGAAAGGAGGAUAGUAACGUUAAUGUCAAAGAUAAAAGAAACCUCAAGAGUUCCCCGUUUGUCAAAGUAAACAUGGAUGGAAUACCAAUUGGAAGAAAGGUUGAUUUGAGCGCUCACAGCUCCUACGAAACAUUGGUAGAGACAUUGGAGGACAUGUUUGAUGAAUCAUCCACAGGCGUCACUUGCAAAGGAUCAAAUGGUGAGGAUCAGAACAUGACUAUCAGAGGAGAAAAGCUUUCGAUACUGUUGGAUGGUUCUUCCAAGUUUGUACUCACUUAUGAAGACAAGGAAGGAGAUUGGAUGCUUGUUGGAGAUGUUCCUUGGAGAAUGUUCGUUAGUUCCGUGAAGAGGCUAAGAAUCAUGAGGACAUCCGAGGCUAAUGGACUUGCACCAAGAUUGGAAGAAAAGAGCAGCAGACCGAAAAGCAAGCCGAAAUAGAUAUUGUUUUCAUGGUUAAGGAUAAGAACUCACUUAUCCACCUUAUAUGUAACACAGAUAGAAGGAGGAGGAAAAACAAAAACAAAAAGCAAAAAAAGUAAUGAAGUACAGCAAGUAAAUGGAUUUUGAGAUUCAAAUGAUAAAUCUCGCGUGUUUUUUUUUUUGGUUUCGGCUUUCUGGAUUCAGUUUUUGUUUGUUUAACUUGACAUAUCUGUCACUGCCUCUAUAAAAUCAUCACUUGGAUGAUGCAGGCAUCAUAAAUUUUAAUGUAAUACUACUAAUCAUACAAAUCAGAGUGUUUCUGAAUGUUGUGUAAAUGUUUUUCUUCAA